GAGAAUCAAUUUCAAUCAAUUGAUGCCCCGAAGAAUUGAUCUACUAACUGAGAUGGAAUAGCUCGUGGUCAGUGAGUGUCAGUGCUUCAGUGAGAUAACAUCCAAAUUCGAGAGACUCCUCCUGCCUCUGAAAGUUUCCAAAGUUGGUGUCUUUCUCUUAAAUUCAAAAAAAUUGUCCCUCACAGUGCGAAUUUGCAGCCUCGGUUUGUGUGAAAACUAGUGCAGCACCUGAAGAUUGGAGUGCGUAGUGCAAAAUGACUGUGGUGAGAAAUGAAGAAACACCAGAGGAUUCAGCUGCAGCUAGUCGCGUAAGCUACUUCCGCUUGUAUCGCUUCGCCACAAAAUGGGAACUCUUCCUCAUCCUCUUGGCGACAAUCUUUACGGCCAUCAGUGCUGCCACAAUGCCCAUGAUCAUCGUUGUCUUCGGGGAAUUUUCAACAAUUCUCAUUGAGCGAAAAUUCUCCGUGGGUGCCAGCUCUGAGACAAUCCUCCUGUGGAUGUUUGGCGGUGGCAAUGUUCUCAUCAAUGCAACAUGGGAAGAGACACGUGUGGAGAUAAUCAAUGAUUCUGAAGCAUAUCUCAUCUGGUUGAGUAUCCUGGCGGCAAUUCAAUUCGUUGCCAGUGUUCUCUUUGUGGACAUCUUCAACUACACUGCCCUCAAACAGAUCACGAGGAUCCGCGUGAGGUACUUCCAGGCAAUUGUGAGGCAAGAAAUGGCCUGGUAUGAUAACACAAAUGACAAUAACUUUGCCUCGCGUCUUACAGACGACAUUGAUAAAAUCCGCGAUGGAAUGUCGGAGAAAGUAGGAAUGUUCCUCAUGCUGAUGCUGACCUUCCUUAUUUGUAUUAUAAUUUCAUUGGUUUAUGGUUGGAAGCUAUCUCUUGUGAUCCUGGCGUGCCUGCCCGUUCUUAUUGUUUGCAAUUUCUUUGUUCUAAAGUUCCAAAGCGCCUUAACUGCCAAAGAAUUGGAUGCUUAUUCCAAUGCUGGGGCUGUUGCUGAGGAAGUUCUCAGUUCAAUUAGGACUGUUGUGGCAUUUGGUGGGGAAGAAAAGGAAGCUGAACGCUAUGCUAAACGGCUAAAACCUGCUCAAAAAGCUGGACGGAGAAAGGGAGCUUUUUCAGGACUUGGAGAAGGAUUGCUGAGAAUGUUCUCUUACAGCAUAAAUUCCCUUGCUUUCUGGUAUGGUGUUACGCUGAUUCUAGAGGAUCGUGGGAAGGAAGUGAAGGAGUACACGCCGGCAAUUCUCAUGAUUGUUUUCUUCGGAAUCUUGGUUGGAUCGGAGAAUAUGGCUAAAGCUGGACCAUUUUUGGAAGCUUUUGCCACUGCCAGAGCAUCAGCAUACAGCAUCUUCAAGAUAAUCGAUCGUGAGUCAGCGAUUGAUCCCAUGUCAGGCAAUGGGAAGGUCAUCAAUACGGGAAUGAAGGGUGAUGUAGACUUUCAGGGUGUUAGCUUCCACUACCCCUCGCGCCCGGAUGUCCCAACGCUGAGGAAUCUCAAUAUUAGCGUAGGGGCUGGCCAGACAAUUGCCCUCGUUGGGCAUUCUGGAUGUGGGAAGUCAACAAUUUUGCAGCUUUUGCAGAGAUUUUAUGAUCCAAAUGAGGGUAAAGUCUGUGUUGAUGGCUAUGACAUCAGGUUGCUAAAUACGUCUUGGCUUCGAUCGAAUAUUGCUGUUGUUGGACAGGAGCCUGUUCUCUUUGCCACAUCCGUCAAAGAGAAUAUUCGCUGUGGUAAGCCCGAUGCAACACAAAAAGAAAUUGAAAAUGCCGCCAAAUCUUCCGGAGUGCAUGAUUUCAUCAUCAGCCUGCCAGACGGGUACGACACUCAAGUUGGUGAGCUGGGAGCACAAAUGUCAGGAGGUCAGAAGCAAAGAAUUGCCAUUGCAAGAGCUCUGAUACAGAAUCCAAAGAUCCUCCUUCUGGAUGAAGCAACAUCAGCACUUGAUUCACAAACAGAAAAACUUGUUCAGGACACCCUGGAGAGAGCUUCAAAGGGACGAACGACAAUCAUUGUGACCCAUCGCCUGUCCAGCAUCCGGAAAGCCGAUAGGAUUGUUCUAAUGGAUCGUGGGAUUGUCCUCGAGGAUGGAUCGCAUUUUGACCUAAUGAAACUUCAGGGGAAGUACUACAAUCUCGUCCGAGCGGAUUCUCUGCAGAAUGCCCAGGCAGACAAUGUGGCCACAGAGAAGGAAGAGGACGAGAAGAAAAAGAAACGCGACAGCAAAGGACGAGAACUGAUGAAGUUCGAUAAUCACGUUCACUUUGAAGAGAAUACCCUUAAAGCGAGUAGCGAUGAUGGGAAAGAGGAGAAGAUUAACUCCUUUAGGGUAUUCGUGCGUAUUCUCAAGAUGACAAAGGCAGAAUGGUGCUACCUCUUCCUUGGCGCUAUCUCUGCUGGUAUCAUUGGUAUGUCCUACACGGCAUUUGCCAUUCUUUUGGGUGAUAUCUAUGGAGCAUUGUCAAUUGAGGAUCCUGAGGAGGUUCAAGCUGAAACGAAUAUUCUUUGUAUUGCUUUCUUAAUUGUUGGCAUCAUUACGGCAACAAGUUGCUUCCUGCAGAACUUUAUGUUCAACACAACAGGUGUCAAUCUCACCACGAGACUCCGUUCUCGUGCUUUUCGAUCGAUUAUGAAGCAGGAAAUGGCGUGGUUUGAUCAGGAUGUUAAUUCCGUGGGUGCUCUCACGGCACGCCUAUCCGGAGAUGCGGCCAAUGUUCGUUCGGCUGUUGGACCACCAAUUGGGGGUAUUAUUCAAGCUAUUACAACACUCGUUGUGGGCAUAAGUGUUGCCAUGGUGUACUCCUGGAAGUUAGCUCUUGUCUGUAUGUGCUUUGUCCCUCUUGUCCUGGGAUCUGUUAUCUUUGAAGCAAAAUUCAUGACAACAAGCUUCAUGGCUGAGAAGAAGGCAAUCGAGGAGGCAACAAAGAUUGCCACGGAAGCUCUGCUAAAUAUCCGAACUGUUGCCAGUUUGCGUCAGGAGGGAAGUAUGGUGUCACGGUAUUCAAAGGAAAUUCAGAAAGUGGAGAGAUCCGUCAAGAGGAAGCUCAUGUUUCGUGGAUCUGUCUUCUCAAUUGGUCAAUCUGCUCCCAUGUUUGCCUACGCAGUGGCUCUCUACUAUGGAGGUGUCUUGGUUGCCAAUGAAGGAGUGGCCUAUGAGAAUCUCAUAAAAGUUUCAGAUUCCCUCCUAUAUGCUGCCAUGAUGCUGGGGCAAUCCUUGGCAUUUGUUCCAAGUCUCACAGCUGCCUUCCUUGCUGCUCAUCGACUCUUCCAAAUGAUGGACCGAAAGCCAAUUAUUCAAUCCCCAAAAGACAUCAAUGACAACAAGAGGCAGGAAUACGAGAGUACCGUGAGCUUUGCAUCCGUUGAAUUUAGUUACCCAACACGAAGUGAAGUCCCCGUACUCCAAGGAUUGGAUCUCAAAGUGUUGAGUGGGAAAACAGUGGCCCUCGUUGGACCAUCCGGAUGCGGGAAGUCCACAUGUGUACAGCUUCUGCAGCGCUUCUAUGAUCCAGAUAAUGGAAGAAUUUUCCUGAAUUCUGAGGAGAUUUCCAGUGAAAUUGGAAUUCCAGACUUGCGUGGGAAGAUUGGGAUUGUCUCACAGGAACCAGUUCUCUUUGACAAGACAAUUGCUGAGAAUAUCGCCUAUGGGGAUAAUGCACGGGAUGUCCCACUCGCUGAGGUCAUCGAAGCAGCCAAGAGUGCCAACAUCCACAGCUUCAUCUCAUCCCUCCCACUGGGGUAUGAUACGAAUUUGGGCUCAAAGGGUACUCAGCUGUCGGGGGGACAAAAGCAGCGUAUUGCCAUCGCCAGGGCACUUGUGCGUAAUCCUAAAAUUCUCCUCCUGGACGAAGCAACAUCCGCCCUUGAUGCUGAGAGUGAACAAAUUGUCCAGCAAGCUCUGGAUCUGGCUAAAUCCGGAAGGACUUGCUUGAUAAUUGCCCACAGGCUGUCUACCAUUCAGAAUGCCGAUAUAAUCUGUGUCAUCCAGCAGGGAAAGGUCACGGAACAGGGUACUCAUGAGGAGCUCCUAGCUCGUGGUGGCUUCUAUUCCCUCCUCUACAACACCCAACCAAUUAAUUAGGGGCAAAAGAAGGUCCCGCUGAAGAAAAAAAGGUGCGCACACACACCUGUCGUCAAGAUUGCAUGCUCUUGGACACAACUCCCCCACAGAACACGCCUCGAAUUCACAUCUCGUUGUAAAUUAAAAUAUUAAUUUCAAAAUGAUUAAAAAAUUAAAAA